CCCAAGGACUUACUGCACUUCUGCAGGAGGAGCAAGAAUGCAGCCUGUCCUAACUCUUCUGGCCACUUUACUGCUGCUGCCCCUAGUGCUCCUAGGACAGCCUCAGCUGGUGAGAAAUUUGUCAAACUCUAUGAAUGAGAGUGGCACAUGCCAUUGUACGGUUCACCUGCCCAACAGCUCGGUCCUUCUGCAGCAGCUGGAGCAACUACAAAGUAUGGCAAAGGAGCUCAUUGGCGAGUACGAACAGCAGCUGCUCUGGGUGAGUGCUGAAGCUGUGUGCCUGGGAUGGAGCUUGGACUUAUCCAAACACAGCCUCCUUUGGAUCCAGCAUGGGGUUGCGUCCUGGCAGUACUUUGACUACUAUCGGCUGCACAAGUCCUAUGAUGACCUGGUGAUGCUAAAGAACUAUGAGCAGUGGAAGAUGGGCUAUGGUGAUGGCAGUGGCAAUACUGUGUACAAGAACUUCAUGUACUUUAACUACUAUGGCACGAGUGACAUAGCCAAAGUGGACCUUUCCUCCAACACCCUCGUGCUGCAGCGCCCAUUGCCUGGUGCUACCUACAAUAACCGCUUUUCCUAUGCUAGCGUGCCUUGGAAGGACUUAGAUUUUGCUGGUGAUGAGAAGGGGCUGUGGGUGCUCUAUGCCACUGAGGAGAGCAAGGGCAACCUGGUUGUGAGUCGUCUCAAUGCCAGCACCCUAGAAGUAGAGGAAUCCUGGCGCACCAGCCAGUACAAGCCAGCCCUGAAGGGGGCCUUCAUGGCCUGUGGUGUUCUCUAUGCCUUACGCUCACUGAGCACUCGCCAAGAGGAGAUCUUUUAUGCUUUUGAUACCACCAAUGGGCAGGAGCGCCACCUCAGCAUCCUGUUGGACAAGAUGCUGGAAACGCUGCAUGGCAUCAAUUACUCCCCCUCGGACCACAGGCUCUAUGUCUACAAUGAUGGUUACCUAAUGUAUUAUGACCUCACCUUCCUGACACUGAAGCCCACACUAUCUAGACCAGCUGCCAAAAGGCCCUCUGGGGAUCGUGCUCCACCCAGAGUUGUCAAAUCCAAGCCUUCUGGGUCCUGAGACCUCAGACUAGACAGGGCAUUGGAAGAAGUGUAUCCUUUUUCUCACCUCUAGAAGGACCACCCUCCAAAAUGGUCAUAGACUCUAAGUGAUUAAGAAACCUGAUUCUAUGUAGCUAAUUCUUUAUGUAAUUCAUAUUUCAAUCAAUACAUUAAGGUUCCAUUUAAUAAUAGUCUUUGAAGUUUUGCUUGAGAAACAAGUAGUAGAGAAUAUAUUUAGCAGGCACCGGACCCUGGGUUCAAUCUCAGUCAUGAUGGUGAGAGAGAAAUAGUCUUUUCAAUCCCUAGCACGUGAGUACACACACACACACACACACACACACUCACACACACACACACACACACUUAGCUAGGAAAAUGAUACCCACUCAUUCUGAUAGUUUGGUAUCUCUUGUUCUGUGUUUUAAAACUCUGAACCCAGCUCCUAAAAAUUCUAGGUUAUGUGACUUCGAAUUCCCAGUGUCAGUUGAGAACAUCUGAAUCCAGUGUAGAAGAUCUAUGGAAGCUGGUCAUUAGAGUAGGAUAUUGAAGUUACCACUCUUAUCCUUUUUGUGGUUCCUAGGGAGAAAUGAGGCAGGGUCUUGGUCUUGAAGACUAAUAUUUUUUAGUGUCAUAAAUCAAUCUCACUUCUACAUAUAUAGCUGAAAAAGAGGCUUAAGCCUGGGUCCCACUCUAGGAAGUUAACAAUUGGAAAACUGUACUGGAUCUGACAUGGAUUAGGCUGUGGGUCCAGACAUUCUCAAUAAAGAAUUCUAGGUGUGACUGCAGGAAGUCUCCUAGCCAAUAAACUGAAUUGUUUUGCUUGUCUUUGUUACAAGUGAGAACAUA